AUGGUCCAAAAGCACACUGAGGGUCUUCAGACCUGGUGUGGCACUAAUCCAGAACUUAUCCCUUUGGAGAGGGUGACCGAUCUCCUCCUCGUGGAAGGGCUGAGCGAUCUCCAGCAGAAGCAACAUGAUUUCAUCCAGAUCGAAACCACCAACGGCUUGAGGAACAUCUCCAAAAAGAUCUCCCUAGAGAAGCUCUUCCUGCCUCUCUCCAAACUCAGCAGGCCUCCACGGGUCUCGAUGACAAUUGGUGUGGCGGGGAUCGGCAAGAGCACCCUGGUCAAAUUAUUUGUCCACGCUUGGGCCAAGAGAGAGAUAAGCAAAAAAUUCACGUUUGUUUUGCCUCUCACCUUUCGGGAACUGAACGCUUACGAAAAGCUCUCGGCCGAGAAGCUGGUCAGGCUGGCAGCCCCCCACUUAAUGGACCUCAGCCUUCUUCCCGUGAGCAGUGCCAGAGUCCUUUUAAUCCUGGAUGGACUAGACGAAUUCAAGACCCUCCUGGAUUUUUCCAAUGCAGCGGUUUGCACGGACCCCCAGAAGGAGAUCCAAGUGGACAACCUACUCACCAACAUCAUCCGAGGCCACCUGUUGCAAAAGAUGUCCAUCUGGAUUACUUCCCGGCCAACGGCAACCAGCCAAAUCCCGGGGGGUCUGGUGGACCGGUUGACUGAGAUGCAAGGUUUCGGAGAGACUGAAAUAAAAAACUAUUUAGGUCACAUGUUUGGUGAAAACCAAAGCUUAGCGGACGGUGUGAUGCAACAUCUCAAAAGCAACAAGUCCUUGUAUGCCCUCUGCACUGUGCCAGCGUUUUGCUGCAUCUGCGGCUCGUCGAUGGGCUAUUUCCUAACAAGUGCUGCUGAUCGGCCUCCAGAAACUUCAGCCAUCCCUAAGACGUUGUCAGAAAUCUAUUCCUAUUACCUUAAAAUAUUGCUGUGCACUGAUUGGCAAGGGAAACAGAAGGAAGUCCUCCGGAUUGAACCAAUGGUGAACAAUGGCAAGAAGAUGAUGAAUGGGCUGGGGCGAUUGGCCUUCUACAGUCUGAUCAAGAGAAAGUACAUGUUUGUUGAGCAGGACAUGAAAGCUUAUGGAGUUGACCUCUCUUCCCUUCACUUCAGCUUAUCCAGUAGGGUCCUGCUUAAGGAAGAGACCCCAUUUUCUAGCAUCUACUAUUUCUCCCACUUAACGUUUCAGGAAUAUCUAGCGGCUACUUAUUAUUAUUCCGUGGCCAAGCGUGCCCUCUUUGACCUCUUUGUUGAAAGUGGCAUGUCUUGGCCCAAGCUGGGCUUUGUCAACCAUGUUAAAAAUGCCAUCCAGAGAUCCUUACAAUCCGAGGAUGGGCACCUGGACAUUUUUAUACGCUUCCUUGUUGGUCUCCUUUCCUCGCCGGUAAACAAAGUCUUGUCCGAUUGGUUCCUGGUGAGGGACGAACACCACAGCUACCAGAGUCAUGUGGUGGGCCUCUUCCAGAAUUUCCUGGCCGUGGACCAAGUUGUCUCCUGCAGGACUGUGAACCUCGUGCGGUGCUUACACGAGCUUCAAUACACAGAGAUAGCUGCCAACAUUGAGGAGGCCAUGAAAACCGAGAACCUAGCUGGAAUGUUGACCCCAAUGAAUUGCUCCGCCUUGGCUUACGUUCUCCAGACAUCAGAGGCGUGUGUGGAAGAAGCCAAUCUCUCCAAUUGUCUCACUUAUCACAUCUUGCAAAGUCUUCUCUCCCAGCUGCUUUACUGUCGCAGUCUCAGGUUGGAUUGCAACCAGUUGAAGGACCGUGACAUGGACCUUCUCAGCAGCAUGCUGAGUGUUAAAGACUGUCAAAUUCAGAGAAUCAG